UUGUUUCCAUCUCACGCUUGUAUGUGCUUGCUUAUCUCACGCUAAUGACGACCUGCAGAGUGUUUGGCCAAACAUCCGCGGGAGGCUGAUGAGGCAGCGGAGGACAGACUGGGAGGAAAUGGAGCCGCUCAAGCUCAAGUGAACAUCUCAUCUCUCAUCUGAUGAUUGUCCCCGGCAGUCCGCAUGAGAUUAGUCACACGUCACACUCCACAGAUUAGGCUGUAGUUUUGGUCGAAACCCCCCAACCCCCCCGACCCCACUCAUCUCCACAUACACUUUGAGAGGGAGGAGUGCCGGACGGCGGGAGGGGCAAAGAGCUUGGAGAGCUUGGGUGAAAGUUGCAGGAGCUGCAGAGGGACACGAGCUGAGAAGAAGGUUGCUAGGCAGAUUUAUACUUUGGAGUGUGUGUGUAUAAGUCAUGGAAGCGGAGCAUUUAAGUGGCGGAGGGGUCAAACCCGAGCGGGGCAACGGCCGUCGCUACAGGAUAGCGUUUAUCGUGUGUGCCUUGCUCUGUGGGGUUCUUCUACUCGCACUUCUACUGGUUUCCCAAAGAAGCAAGCAGCAGUUCUGUCUGACUCCAGAAUGCAUCGAAGCAGCCGGAUCUAUUCUGAGUAAAAUGGAUCCAUCCAUUGAUCCCUGUGAGGACUUCUACACCUAUUCCUGCGGCGGAUGGCUGAAGGACAAUCCCAUUCCCGAGGAGUCGUCCUCGUACGGCAUCUACCCCUGGCUCCGGCAGCACGUUGACAUGCGACUCAAAGAGUUACUUGAAGCUCCGACUGACGCAAACGAGCUGGAGGCCGUGACCAAGGCCAAGAUCCUCUACCGGUCCUGUAUGAAUGAGACGUUGCUGGAAGAGAUGGACGCCAAGCCCAUGCUGAAGACGCUCAUGCAGCCUGAGUUUCGCUGGCCCGUGGUGGGCGACGGCCUCGGGGGUGACUUCCGGUGGUCCGAGGAGGAGUGGAGCCUGUUGAGGACGCUGGCUGAGAUGAGGAACCAGCACAGCAAGAGCGUCCUGAUCCGCCUCUACGUCUCGCCCGAUGACAAGAACUCCUCCAGAUACGUCAUCAAGCUGGAUCAGGCCUCCUUGUCUCUGGCCUCGAGGGAGGACUACACCACCAACACCUCUGCUGCCCAGGCGUAUCGUGCAGCCUUGUUGAGUCUCAUGGUGGACACGGCCGUCAUGUUGGGCGCUCCCAAGACGACGGCAACGAGGGUCCAGAUGGAAAAAGCGGUGGACUUUGAGACCCAGCUGGCUCACAUCCUGAUUCCCUAUGAGAACCGGACCAGUGAGAACAUGUACAACAGGUACACGCUGUCCCGGCUGCAGCGCCACAUGCCACAGUUUGAUUGGUUGGGCUUCGUCAAAUCUGUGGUGGAGUCCAACAGCGACACGGAUCGCUCCAUCUCCUCCUCGGAGCCUGUCAUUGUUCGAGUGCCGCAGUACUUCAGGGACCUUGUCAAGCUCAUUAACGCCACAGAUCCAAGGACCAUCGCUAACUACGUACAAUGGAGAACAGUUUUUUCCAGGAUCACCACCCUCAGCCGCCGUUUCCUCUACAGAUACCUGGACUUUGCUCGGGUAACCACGGGAACGACAUCUCUGACCCCACGCUGGGACAAGUGCGUCAACUAUGUGGAGAACUCGCUCGUCUACGCCACGGGCCGCCUCUUUGUCGACACCCACUUCCAAGAGGACAAGAAACUUAUGAUGGACGAGCUGAUUGGCGGCGUCCGCUGGGCGUUCAUCGACAUGCUGCAGAAGGAGAACGAGUGGAUGGACGACUCGACCAAGGCCAGAGCCGUAGAAAAGGCUCACGCCGUCCUGGCUAAAGUCGGCUACCCCGAGUUCAUCCUGAAUGACACCUACCUCAAUGAUGACUUAAACCAGCUAGAGUUCCUCGAGACGGACUACUACGGCAACGUGAUGCAGACGCUGAAGUUCAUUGCUCAGUCCGACGUGGCCUGGCUUCGUAGGAGGGUCCCGCGUACUGAGUGGUUCACAAACCCGACAACGGUCAACGCCUUCUACAGCUCAUCCACCAACCAGAUUAGAUUCCCAGCCGGUGAGCUCCAGAAACCUUUCUUUUGGGGCAAAGCGUACCCAAGGUCUUUGAGUUACGGCGCCAUCGGUGUGAUCGUCGGACACGAGCUGACGCACGGUUUCGACAACAACGGCCGCAAAUACGACAAAGAUGGCAAUUUGGACCAGUGGUGGAGCAACUCGUCCGUGACGGCCUUCACCGACAAGACUCAGUGUAUGGUGGAGCAGUACAACGACUACCAUUGGGAGGAGGCGGGAUUGAACGUGCGAGGCAAGAGGACGCUAGCAGAGAACAUCGCAGAUAACGGAGGAAUAAGACAAGCCUUCAGGGCGUACAGGCGCUGGGUGGACGAGAGCCGAGGAGGCACAGAGGAGCCUCUGCUGCCCGGAGUCGGACUGAACAACAACCAGCUGUUCUUCUUGAGCUACGCACAUGUCAGAUGUAACGCGUAUCGCCCGGAGGCGGCCAGGGACCAGAUACAGAGUGGAGCACACAGUCCACCGAAGUACCGGGUUGUCGGAGCCAUGAGCAACUUCCCUGAGUUCGGCAAGGCCUUCAGCUGCCCCGAGCUGUCAGGAAUGAACAGAGGUGCACAGUCCUGCCGAGUGUGGUGACCCUCGACCCCAGGCCCGACGGGGCUGUCGGAGCCGCCGGCUGACCAAGAGGCGGAGCGUGCCGGCGCCCCGAGUGGAAGCGGAAGGAGCAGACGCGGUUUAUCCGCUGACGUGUUUGGGUUUGUACGAGCAGAACGUUUUACUGAGAGUGAACUGAUUGGUGGGAGCCUUCCAUCACAUGAACAUGAUGUCUAACAUGAUGUCUAACUCAAGCUUUGGAUGAUGGAACGUCGAUUGGAAUAAACUUUUUUUAUACCUCAGUGGCGCUACUAUAUAAUAACUAUUACUUUCUCAUCCUGGAUAUACAUAUAUUUUAAGCAAUUUACCAUUUUAUACAGUAUAUUGGCCAAGUUUUGUGGAACCAUAUUUGGUACCAUUGACUCAAGAAGCCAAAAUAGACACCCCCUGCUUUAUAAUAAUGCAACAAAACCUUGUGGUUCCUCUCAGUAAAGAAAUGCUGUCAUAAUAAUAUAAAUGUUCCAAUGAAAUUCAAAGUAUGGUAUAAUAUAUCAUUUCGAAUAGAAGUACAAUGUUCCUGAGUACAAAUAUUCGGGGAGGGGGCUAAAAUGUUGAUGUGCCUUUUAAUUUUAAUCAAAUCAUACAAAUACUGUAUAUUGAUUACAUUUGAAUCAAUACAAAUACAUUUUCAAAUAAUACAGAUGUUUUAACGUCAUUUCAAUCAUACUAAUACAAAUAUUUCAUUUUAAAUAAAAUCAUUUAAUUUAUUAAAUUUAUAAUAAUGAACUAAAUGAAUGUACAAAUUCUAUCUACAUAAAUAAUAACAUAAAUGUCAUGUUAUAAAGAGAGAUUGGAGGCAAAGAAAAAUCCCCAAACUGCAGCACACGUCCAGCUGUUGCUAUGGUAACCAUCAGCAGUCCCAGUGCUGAAAUUUUGUGUAAGUGUAAGUGAACUUCAAGCACGUAUCAGAGACAUUUUAUGAACGAUUUUAUUCUAUUAAAGUGUGAAUGAAAGCCUGGGAGGACUGAGCCGAUUGGCUCGUGUGGUUAUUGAUUUGUGACCCACUCGCACACCCCGCUUGGAAGUUGCCAUGGCAACCCAUUGUGUUUUCUCUCCUAUAUCAGGGUGAUCUUGGAUGUGAUUGUUUGUGUCUUUGUGUGACGGGGGUGGGGGCAGGGGGGCCAUGAGUGACAUACAUCUGUGGCAACCCCGGCGGGACUGGCAUCGAUACACACUGAUUAGAAAAGCAGUCCCCGUCUCUCAGAGGAAGUGUGUCAGUGAGAUGGACAGUAAUGACGUGAGAUCUGCUGUUACGACACGUGUAAGCAACACACACGCAUACACUUGUAAACGUCUUUUUUUUUCCUCUCCUAUAUUUAGUUAGCAAGCGCGCACACAGCAGCAGAUCCGAUCCUUUCUUUGUCUUAUAUUUGCAUUGCUGCUUGUUGCUAGGCAGGAUUCAUGGGGCGCAACCCAUAAAAAAGGGCACGCACUUGACUCCUUACUUGAUGAGAAAUCUGAAUAUUAUCAAUAAAGGUAAUGUGACAAGCUUUUUUAGCCACAGCACCAUCUGCUGGAUACACAACAGAAAAAAGGACAGGGAGAGUCGGCAGUGAGAAAUGAAUUAGUGCUAAAGUAUUACUUCCAAGACAAAAAACAUGACUUACUUGAUAACAAAUCUGAAUAUUGGCAAUAUAACUAAUCAUGACUCUUUUUCCCACAGCGCCCACUGGUGGUUAGAGUAGUGUACUCCUCUAUAGGAGACAUUUUCAUGUCUCUUUGUGUUUGUCUCUGCUGUUUCUGGCCCUUUACUGUAAUCUAAUCUUGACUUUAUCCUCUCAGUGACCUCCUCCUUACCGCUCUGCAUCCUUCCGGCCCAACGACUUUAUGUCCAGAUGUCGUUUAGAAAUGAUAAAUAUGCUGAAAAAUUGCAAAGAAGGAGCCGGAAUAUGAAGGUUUACAUGUAUUAUGAGGACAGCAGUUCCAGUGGCUAAUUUAAAUGAUGAUAUUUAAUAAUAAUAAUAAGUAGUACGCAUCCCAUGUGGCAGGCAUGUUUAGAGGAUAGUUCCUUUCAGCAGGAGCCAGCCUGGAGAUGGAUGACUCUAUAAAUAAUCCAAGAACGAAAUGAUGGGACUCUUUAUUAAUGAAUGGUCUUCACCAAAAAUGUAUGGAUCUAGAGGCUUUCAGUCCAUAUGGCUUUUUUUUAUAAAUAAUACAGGAAAUGUGUCACACACUUCCCCCUCGUCUUAUGUGAAGAGAAAAUAGCUUUAUUCUGUUUCCUAUAAAUCUUUGAGCCUCACUAAUUAUGACUUUUGUUAUCAGGGAGAGCCCCCAAGGCCCUCCCGUCUUUUCAUUUCCUCUCCUGCGCUUCCUUCCCUUCCUCCCUGUAGAGACACUUACUCAUUCACCCUCCUCACCGGGCUCCUAAUGACGAUUAACUGCUUAAUUAAUUGGGGCUUAAUUGAAUAAUGGAUUAGAACAUGCAUAAACACAGGAAUGUUGUGUUUAUCCGCCAGUUGGUCUCCAUUGUUUGUGUGGGAGUGUGUGGGUACAGUAUUUGAGGACUU